AUGAACAGUUCUUGUGCUAUGAUGUCCUGUGUGCUCAUCUUUCUCCUGGCCCUACUGUGUGCAGAAAGAGCUCAGGGCCUAAAGUGCUACAAUUGCUUGGGGAUCCCAUUUGAUUAUACCUGCUCAUCAACUGCUACCUGCCCCUACCCUGAUGGAGUCUGCGCUAUUCAGGUGGCAGAAGUUGUUGUGAGCUCUGUAAGAGAGAAAGCAAAGAACCAUAUUUGCCUUCCCGUCUGCCCAACGAGUUCUCAAACUGCUGAGAUCCUGGGUACUGUUGUCCAAGUGAAUACUUCCUGUUGCACCAGAGAUCUUUGCAACGCAGCAGGGCCCACUGGAGGCAGCACCUGGACCAUGGCAGGGGUGCUUCUGUUCAUCCUGGGCUCAGUCCUCCUGCAGACCCUGCUGUGAUGUCCCCUCCAAAGCCCUGCCACCCUUGUCCUUUUAUCCUCUUGUGUAUUCACUCCUCCCUGGAGCCCUCUAGUGAUAAAUUCUGAGUAAUAGAAACUCAGAGGUGGGGGUAGGGUGUGCAACACCUUGUUUCAACUCUAUAGCCCCUGCUGGGUAGGUGCCCCACUCCCCUCUCUAGGGCUUUCAGAUCUCUACUUCCUGGAAUGCCAUUGUGUUGUGGUUUGCUGCUCUUGGCCCUGGAGGCACGUGGACAGCACGAGGAAGAGGCAUAAACCCAAGGCACUGUGUGACCACCUCCAUCCAUACAUAAAAAUCUGGGGUCCUGCAGGGUUCCCACACAUGCAUCUCAAGGUCCCCCUAUUUGAGUCCAAUAAACUCUCUGUUCUCCCA